CUUUGAGCCUCGUCGAGCCUGAUUUUCCUCACCUAACUCAUCCACAACCCAACCGACACCACAUGGGCGUGCGCGGCCUUCAGACGUUCCUAAAAGAGAACCGCCAGUCGCUCUGCCGCUCCGUCAUCCUCGACCGGGACGGGGCGGGCGCGCGCGCGACAGUCCCCGUCGUCGUCGACGCCUGGGGCGUCAUCUACCAGCUGUACCUCGACGCGCUGCCAUGGGCCUCGGGCGGCGAGUACCUCCGCUUCUACCGCCUCACGCGGCGGCUCGUCAAGGCAUGGCGUGCGGCGGGGCUCGACCCGACAUUUGUGUUCGAUGGCGCAUCCCCGCCUGAGAAGCACGCGACGCAGCUCGAGCGCAUGCAGGGCCACGUGUCGACCGCGCGCAUGUUCUACACCAUCUCGGCGGCGACGCGCUCCGGCCCGUCCUUCUCGCGCGGGUCGGCCAUCCUCCCGCCCUUCGCGGCGCCGACGUUCGCCCGCGCGCUCGCGAGCCUCGACGUGCCAGUCAAGUUUGUGCCGCGCGGCGAGGCGGACGGGGCGUGCGUCGUGCUCGCUGAUGAGCUUGGUGGGUACGUCCUCGGCAAGGACACGGACUUUGUCGUGCUCGCCGCUGCGGCGAGCGACAGGCUCAAGGGAUACUGCCCGCUCGACAUGCUCGAGUGGAUCGAGGGCACGCCCGACGCCGAGAACGAGGCCGACGGCGGCAGCUUCACGACGGUGACGACUAAGCAGCGCCCCGGGCGGAGGACGUCGAGACUCCUCCCUCCUGCGCGGUACAACAACCCCACGCUCGUGCUCGCUGCUUAUGCGACGCCGGCGCUGUGCCGCCUGCUCAGACUGCCAGCGAGCACGCUCCCACUGUUCUCUUCGCUCCUCGGCAAUGACUACACGCCUGCAAACGUCCCAGAACUCCUCUCGGCCGGCGUGACGAAGCCUUCCGAUCGGAUACACGGCGUCGCAAGAGCGCUGCGCGAGCAGCUCGACCGCCCGAGGUCGAAAGACGACAACGCGGCAGCCGAGCUCGUCUUUCGUGUUGUCCGCAAGCUGUGUACCCGCCCCUAUGUCAACGACAGCGAGCUGAGAGAGCUGGCUGACGCCAUCAUCGACGCUACGAUGCAGUACUCGCUGCCGACGCGGGACUGCUGCUCGGUGUAUCCCUUCUGCGGCGAGCUUGACGUUGCCGGCUGCACGACGUCCCUCAGCCGCAUGUCAACGCCGGGCGGUACGCCACCAGAGCCGUCACCUGUGCUCAAGGCCUACUCGUCUGCCCAGCGCGCCGGGUUCCUCAACCUCGUCACACACGCCUGGCUGUACCCCGACCGCGUGUACCUCUACCCCGGGCUCGAGGACCCCGCGGGGCCAAGCACUCGCGCGUCGGCGGCGGGCACGGCUGUCCGCUACGCUGCCUACGCGAUCGCGGACGAGGCACUCGGGGGGUUACGCUUCCCUGCGGUCUCUGGCGACGAGCUCGAGGAGCUCAUGCAGGACAAGGAGGCGAGAAAGCUCUUGGGCGUGGACGAGGGCGGUGAGGACGACGGCGAGAGCAUCGCGGAAUCGAGCACCUCGGCCCCCGACGACGAGGCGGACACGACGCUCGUCGCGACGACACCACCUCGUGCCGUGGUCGAGUACCUGCGGCAGGGGUCGUCGAACCGCGUCGGACCGCGGCGCAACGACCUGCCGACCCUCCCCACGUCGGACGCGCCAGCGUCCCUCAAGCCGUUACCCGAGCGCCUUGGCCUGUAUCUCGAGCACCUGGGCUCCAAGACGCCGCUGGUCGAGGCGCUUCCCCCGCGUCUCCAGCCGCUGGUCGCCGCCGUCCGGCUGUGCGUCGUGCAGGCCGCCGAGGCCGACACGACGGGCUCGCGCAGGUGGUUAAAGUCUGAAGUCGAGGCCGUCCUCCGCGCCGGGAUCGGCAGCCUCACGGGCUGGGAACUGCUCCGCGACGACGAUGACGAUGCGUUCGACGACACGGAGAACGAGUAUCCGACGCUCACGAACCGCAGCGCCGAGCUCGUCGCGCAGCUCACCGCGGCCUUCACCGACGCGCAGGUGCUCGCGCAGGCGCUCCUCCUCCUGCCCGAGAACGGCGUGACGCAUCUCCUGCCGUACGCGUUCAUCUCGGGCGUCGCGCUCCAUACGGCGCUCGCUGGCGUCGAUCCCUCCCCGUCCACUGGGUGGCGGUGGACCGCUGGCGCCCGCGACCGGUUCAAGGACGCCAAGGACGCCGUGCUCGACCUCGGGGACGACAUGUUUGGCUUCACUCGCGCGCCAAAGUCCCCGCCCCGGCCCAAGGCCAAGGGCAAGCGGCCGGCGGCGAACGGGCGCAAGGUCAACGGUGGUGGUGGUGGUGGCGGCAGCCGCUUCGACUUGCUCAGUAGCGUUGAUGGGCUGUAG